UGUGAUGUUCAGUUCCAGCAAAAACGAAAAAGAAAAACAAUGAACUCUCCCUAAUCCCAAUCACAAAGAAACCCGUUUUUCCAAACAUGCCUCCCCCAAAGAUCGAAAGCCUCUACCUUUGUUCAUCACCAGAUGAAACAAAACAGCUGAUUCAGAAUCAGUAUCUUUUCCUCCAAACUCCGAAGUUCGGAUCUUUAUCCGGUUUCGUUUCUGGGACCCGAAGAUGGAAGCUCGAGACUCACCACGGAGCUCCAUGAACGGCGAUUUCGGGUUCGGUACCGGCAGCGAUCGAAGGUUCGCGUUUUCGCGGCAAACUUCGUUCCAACAGCAGCAGCAGCCUCAUACGCCGAUUGCCGUCGAUUCGGGGAGACCUUUUUUGUCCCGAACUGAUUCCAGCAUAGACAUUCCCAACCCGGUGCACCGUUACGACAAGCUCACUGGGUCCACGGAAAGAUCGUCUUUUCCUUCCUUCGUUUUUGGUGUGUUUAGGAAUAUUAGGUCUGGUCAUAGGUACAUGAAGAGACUCUUUUUGAUGAUCUCUUUGAAUGUGGCCUACUCUACUGUUGAGUUGCUCUUUGGCCUCUUCACUGGCCGUGUUGGUCUGGUGUCUGAUGCGUUUCAUUUGACUUUUGGAUGUGGUCUUUUGACAUUUUCUCUAUUUGUUAUGGCUGCAUCAAGGAACAAACCUGAUCGAGAAUAUACUUAUGGAUAUAAAAGGCUAGAAGUUUUGUCUGCAUUCACCAAUGCCCUGUUUCUUUUGUUUAUGUCAUUCUCCCUAGCAGUUGAAGCACUCCAUGCAUUCAUACAAGAUGAAUCAGAGCACAAGCAUUACUUAAUUGUUUCUGCGGUUACCAAUUUAAUUGUGAAUCUUAUCGGUGUGUGGUUCUUUCGGAACUAUGCUCGGAUUAAUCUUGCUUACAGAAAUGCUGAAGAUAUGAAUAACCAUUCAGUUUGCCUACAUGUUCUUGCAGAUUCCAUUCGCAGUGCAGGUCUGAUAUUGGCAUCAUGGUUAUUGUCAAUUGGGGUUCAGAAUGCAGAAGUAUUGUGUUUGGGACUUGUUGCUGCUGCUGUGUUUACGAUUGUUCUUCCACUCUUUAGGGCAACUGGCGGUGUCUUGCUACAAAUGGCAUCUCCCAGCAUUCCGAAAACUGCUUUGAGCAAAUGCUUGAGACAGAUUACUGCUCAGGAAGAUGUUCUGGAAGUCUCCCAGGCGCGUUUUUGGGAAUUGGUGCCAGGUCAUGUUGUUGGUUCAUUGUCAAUUCAGGUGAAGAAAGGGAUUGAUGAUCGGCCAAUCCUUGAAUUUGUGCAUGGUCUAUACCAUGAUUUGGGUGUGCAGGACCUCACCGUGCAGACCGAUCAUACUUGACACUUCUUGUUUUCUUGUCUUCAAAUUUUAUUUUGCUAAUGGUUUAUUGCAGAGGAUACACAUCAAAGUUCAUUGUUUGUUUACUGGGGAAGGGAUGCAAGUAUGAUUUUUAUUAGGGAAUAGUUUAUAGUUGAUAGUUGAUUUUUAGCAGUACUUUAUUCCCUGCCAAAGCUAAACAGAAAUAUAUGGAUGCAAAUUGCAAAAUUUUUAGUAAUGGUUAACAAUGGAAAAAGUAAUUGGCGGAA